AACCUGCAGAAAUAACGCGGAGGUUAGACAAAUUAUUGAUGAGCGUGACACUGGGCUCUUGACGAUCUCAAAGCAUUUCGAAUGGCCGACCUCGAUCUCCACAGUUUCUCAUGGACCCAGCUCUCAUGGAGUAAUGGAUCCCCAAGCACUUUGCAUUCUUGAAAACCUUUUUGAUUGUUUCAAUUGAUCUGCUUCCGUAACUUGCUGGCAAAGAAGGACGACAAAAUCGAGGUAAUUGAAGCGCCGGUCUUCACUAGUGGAGCUCCAAAUGUUUGGGUUCUCAUUGCAUCCAGCUUCCUUCAAAGUACAAUGAUUUAUCAAUUCUUCGCUAUCUGCCUUUCUUUGUCUAAGCCGCCUCAUGUCUUUUCCCGCGCUGAGUCAACCUAAUUCAGGGGAAGUUCCUCAACCGCGCCGGAUAGUAUCAGUAUAUAUAUUUGCGGCAAUGCGUUUCCGUUUUAUGCCCCAAAUUGCGAUUUGGAAGAGAGGAAAGAGGAGGAAGAUCAUUAUUGAGCGGUACGGAUGAUCUAGUGUCAGCGGUGGAGAAUUGGGCUGUGUUCGACUCGUUAAUUAGUCGGAGAUAAUUCUUUCUCAAGUGAUUGUGUGCUGAAGUAAUGGAAGCUUCUAUGGAUGAUAAGUCACUCGAAGCUAUUAAACAGGAAGCUGUUGAUUUGGAAAAUGUACCUAUUGAGGAGGUUUUUGAGAACUUGAAAUGUACAAAAGAAGGUUUAAGCUCUGAUGACGUUCAGAAGCGGCUCGCUGUGUUUGGCCAUAAUAAGCUUGAAGAAAAGAAGGAAAAUAAAGUUCUCAAAUUUUUGGGAUUUAUGUGGAAUCCACUAUCUUGGGUCAUGGAGGCGGCAGCUAUCAUUGCCAUUGCUCUCGCGCAUGGUGGACGUGAUUUGCGAGGAGAGAAGAGAGAAAUUGAUUACCAUGACUUUGUUGGCAUUUUGGUUCUACUUAUCAUUAAUUCGACAAUCAGCUUCAUAGAAGAAAAUAAUGCCGGUAAUGCUGCUGCUGCACUAAUGUCUCAACUGGCCCCGAAGGCUAAGGCUUUAAGAGAUGAAAAAUGGAACGAGAUAGAUGCUUCAAUAUUGGUUCCAGGUGAUAUAAUCAGCAUUAAACUUGGCGACAUUGUUCCUGCUGAUGCACGUCUUCUUGUAGGAGAUCCUCUGAAAAUUGAUCAGUCUGCUCUUACUGGAGAAUCCCUACCAGUAACUAAGUACCCUGGUGAUGCUGUCUACUCUGGUUCAACUUGCAAACAAGGAGAAAUAGAAGCAGUGGUUAUUGCUACUGGAGUUCAUACUUUCUUUGGCAAAGCAGCUCAUCUUGUGGACUCCACUAAGCAUGUUGGUCAUUUUCAGAAGGUUUUAGCUGCCAUAGGGAAUUUCUGUAUAUGCUCAAUUGCAUUUGGAAUUAUUAUUGAUAUAAUAGUGAUGUGUGGAGUGCAUGGAAGAAAAUAUAGAACCGUCGUUGAUAAUAUUCUUGUUCUACUUAUUGGUGGCAUUCCAAUUGCCAUGCCCACUGUCCUUUCUGUCACAAUGGCCAUCGGAUCUCAUCGCUUGUCUCAACAGGGUGCCAUAACAAAAAGGAUGACUGCUAUAGAAGAAAUGGCUGGGAUGGAUGUUCUAUGCAGUGAUAAAACAGGAACUUUAACACUUAACAAGCUCACUGUCGACAAGAAUUUGAUUGAGGUCUUUGCCAAAGGUUAUGACAAGGAUUUGGUAGUAUUAAUGGCUGCAAGGGCAUCAAGGCUUGAGAAUCAGGAUGCCAUUGAUGGUGCAAUUGUAUCCAUGUUGCCGGACAUGAAAGAGGCGCGUGCUGGUAUUCAAGAGGUUCACUUCCUUCCUUUCAACCCAACUGACAAGAGAACAGCUCUCACAUACAUAGAUGCUGAUGGUAAAAUGCACAGAGCAAGCAAAGGUGCACCAGAGCAGAUUCUCAAUCUUGCAUGGAACAAGUCAGAAAUUGAAAGGAAAGUGCAUGCAAUUAUUGACAGAUUUGCUGACAGAGGGCUUCGUUCCCUUGCUGUUGCAUAUCAGGCUGUACCUGAGGGGUCCAAGGACUCUGCUGGAGGACCAUGGGAGUUUCUUGGACUUCUUCCACUGUUUGAUCCUCCGCGCCAUGAUACUGCUGAAACAAUUCGAAGAGCUCUGAACUUAGGAGUUAGCGUCAAGAUGAUCACAGGUGAUCAGCUAGCCAUCGCCAAGGAAACCGGUCGGAGGCUUGGAAUGGGCACUAAUAUGUACCCAUCGUCAUCCUUGUUGGGUGAGACUAAGGAUCAGGAUGCUGCAGGCCUUCCUAUCGACGAGCUCAUUGAACAGGCUGAUGGUUUUGCUGGGGUUUUUCCAGAGCACAAGUAUGAAAUCGUGAGGAAACUUCAGGCUAGAAUGCAUAUCUGUGGGAUGACUGGUGAUGGAGUCAAUGAUGCACCUGCACUGAAAAAGGCAGAUAUAGGAAUUGCUGUGGCUGAUUCAACUGAUGCUGCUCGGAGUGCUUCAGACAUAGUUCUUACUGAACCUGGAUUAAGUGUGAUAAUUAGUGCUAUUUUAACGAGCCGUGCAAUUUUUCAGAGGAUGAAGAACUAUACGAUAUACGCCGUUUCAAUCACUGUCCGUAUUGUGAUUGGAUUUAUGCUGCUGAAUGUCUUUUGGAAAUUUGAUUUUCCUCCAUUUAUGGUUCUUGUAAUUGCAAUUCUGAAUGAUGGAACCAUCAUGACUAUUUCCAAGGACAGGGUCCGACCUUCUCCACUACCUGACAAGUGGAACCUCACUGAAAUUUUUUCGACUGGACUGGUACUGGGAACCUACCUUGGUCUGAGCACUGUUUUAUUCUUUUAUGCAGCUCAUCAGACUGAUUUUUUUGAGAAAAUUUUCAAAGUCAAGAACUUCAACAAGAACAAGCUAAACCCACAAGAUGACCUCGCACUCUUCUAUAAUGGGCAAGAGUUGGCUUCGGCUGUAUACCUCCAAGUCAGCACCAUUAGCCAGGCUUUAAUAUUUGUGACACGCUCUAGAAGCUGGUCUUUCUUGGAAAGACCUGGUUUUCUUCUUGUGGCUGCAUUUUUCAUUGCUCAACUGAUUGCAAGUGCGUUGGCUGCCCUUGCCAACUGGGACUUUGCUGGAAUCAGAGGAAUUGGUUGGGGCUGGACAGGAGUUAUCUGGUUGUAUAAUAUUGUUGUCUACUUACUACUUGAUCCACUUAAAAUUGGAGUUCGAUAUGCCAUGAGUGGGAAAGCUUGGAACUUGGUCUUGGAUAAUAAGAUGGCUUUCACAAGAAACAAUGAUUUUGGUCGCGAUGCCCGUAAAGCCGCAUGGGCUCUCGAGCAGCGAACGCUUCAUGGUCUUCAGACCACAGAGCCAAAAUUCUCUGAGCGCAGCACAUUCUCUGAUAUUAAUCAGAUGGCUGAAGAAGCCAAAAAACGUGCAGAGAUAGAGAGGUUGAGGGAGCUGUCAACGUUGAAAGGAAAGGUGGAAACUGCGGCAAAACUAAAGGGGUUGGAUAUUAAUGAUAACUACAACCAGCACUACACUCUGUGAUUGAUGGAAUGUUUCAAAAACUCUGUUGCUUGUUUAGAUGUUUUCAAGUAUUGUUAAAAUUGUGUGAUUUUUUUUUUUUUU